AGAUAAUUUAUAAUAUAGUGUAUAGAUAAACGAUAUCGAAUAUGAUUGGUCAAAUAAAUAAAUCUUAAAAGAAAAUAAUAAAAAUUAUCGGAUCUCAUUGAACUACGUCUGCUUUGAAGUUAUUUUGUCAAGUUUCUACCACUAUUCUUCGAAAUCCAUGGUCGUUGCUGCGUGAGUUGUCCGAGCUAUGAUCAUUUCAAAAUUUCGAUAACAUGGCAUCGUUAGACGACGACUCGUUUUAUGAUAUUAAAUCACAUUCUGUUGAUACUAUUCAAAAACCAGAAUGGAUUCCUUUGUCUCUUACUUUAGUCGAAUAUCCUCAAGGUGAUUUAUUUGGAAAAUUUUUAGCUCUAAUAAGUUUACUACCAUUUGCUAUUAUAGCUGGUUUCAUAACAUUAAUUCUUUUUAGAAGAGAUUUACACACAAUUACAUUUUUUAGUGGAAUUAUAAUUAAUAAAGGUAUAAAUUUUAUAUUAAAACAUACAAUUUGUGAAGCAAGACCAAUGAGACAUAAUGCUAUUGAAUAUGGUAUGCCAUCAAUGCAUGCACAAUUCAUGUGGUUUUUUGCUACAUAUAUAACACUUUUUAUAUGUAUAAGAUUGCAUCAUAAUAAUAAUAGCAGCAUUUCAGAAAAAUUUUGGAGAAUUACUAUCAUUAUUGUUUCUAUAACUAUUUCUAUUUUAAUUACAUAUAGUAGAGUUUAUUUAUUAUACCAUAGUAAUUCUCAGGUUGUAUGGGGUACAUUUAUAGGUAUUAUGUUAGGAAUAAUAUGGUUCAUAAUUACAUAUAUGAUUCUUACACCAAUUUUUCCUAUAAUUGUCUCAUGGCGAAUAUCAGAAUAUUUGUUAUUACGUGACACAACAUUAAUUCCUAAUAUUCUUUGGUUUGAAUACACAAAUAUUCGUACAGAAGCACGAGCACGUUCAAGAAAAUUAGUAUCAAUGAAAUCACAAUGACGCCUAAUGUCUGGCCAAUGGGCUGAUAACAAAUAGGAUAUUGAAUAAAUAUUAAAGAAAGUCAUCAAAUAAAUAACUUCAGCCAAUCAAAAUGUAAAAAUUGAAAAUUUAUUUGGCUUGAAGAAAUAAUCACAAACAAUCACAAACAAUGGCAUUGAAUUUUCACUAACAAUAUUUAAAUACAUAAGGUAUUAGUACAAAUUUUGCAUAUGAAUUUUCAUAUUCAUAUCAUAGAAUAUGUACAUUUUAUCAAUUGAUUUUUUUGCAUAACUUAUUUAUGAGAAUGAUCAACAACAUUAUUUUUUGUUAAUUUUUAUAUUUAUAUUUCUAUAUCAUAAAAAUAAAAUAUCUAUAUGUU